AUGGUUGAUGGUACGAAGCGACCACAAAUUAGCGGCGGUCGCUUCGAUUUUGAAGAUGGAGGAACAUAUUGUGGUGGAUGGGAUGACGGCAAAGCUCAUGGACAUGGCGUGUGUACCGGGCCUAAGCAUCAAGGAGCCUAUGCAGGCGCCUGGACUUAUGGCUUUGAAGUCUCUGGAGCCUAUAUAUGGCCAAGUGGUUCGCACUAUGAAGGGCAGUGGCAAAAUGGACGUCGUCACGGCUUGGGCGUGGAACAAAUCGGCCGACAGAUAUAUCGAGGUGAAUGGUCGAAAGACGGGCAUAAAGGAAGAUAUGGCAUUCGGGAAAGUACGGUUUCAACUGCGCGAUACGAGGGAACUUGGAAUAUGGGCUACCAGGAUGGUUAUGGUUGUGAAACUUAUGCUGAUGGAGGUAAAUACCAAGGCCAAUGGCAAGAGGGAAAACGGCAUGGGUAUGGAAUCCGUACAUCCGCUCCCUUUGGGCUAGCAUCUCAUUAUCGUCGAAAAGAUAUUCAUUCAUCACUGAACUCUCUACGCAGUUCUGACAUUGGCGAAGUCGAUAAAGGCCGGUCAGAAGAAAUCAGAGGUGGCUUUGUCCUGACUGCAAAAUCUGAUAAACUUCCGACGCGGCGCAAUAGUUUAACGGAAAAGACAAAAAAAGGAUUUUUAUCGGGGUUUAAAAUGCGUAAACAAAAAAGCACAGGGGAUUUGGAAAAACGAGGCACAUUGACAUCGAGCAGCGUAAGGUCCACAACGUCCACCUCAUCAUGGGUAAGCACAGGGUCAGAACAAUCGAAUUUAACUACGAGAUCAACGCGUACGGAUUCUAAUGCUAGCUUUACAAUGGAAGAUGAACAGCUAGAUUCUGCAGUGACAGAGACAUAUAUGGGGGAAUGGAAGAAAGACAAACGUUGUGGCCAUGGUGUUGCAGAGCGUAGUGAUGGUCUAAAAUAUGAAGGAGAGUGGUACAAUAACAAGAAGCAUGGUUAUGGUGUAACUACAUUCCGUGACGGUUCAUUUGAAGAAGGGAAAUACAAAAACAAUAUUUUAAUUACCAGCCAAAAGAAAAAGCACUUAUUUCUAGCGCGAUCACGGAAAUUUAGAGACCGUAUCACCAUAGCAGUAAAUUCUGCACAAAGGGCGUUAAAAAUGGCAAUGCAACGAUCUGAUAUAGCCAUUUCCCGUACCUCAACUGCAUCUGACAGAGCUCAAAACGCCGAUAUUGCAGCUGAUCAGGCUCGUGACGAUUGUGAAGUUGCAGUUAGAAUGGCACGGGAAUUCGCUCCGGAUUUUAAGCCAUCAGUUUUAGAACGAUUCGAAAAAAUGCGGUUUCGUAAUCAAAUCAAAUAUACUACAAUCGCAAAAAACAGCAUUUUAUCGCCUUAUACUGGAAAUGUUGCAGAACCUAUCAAAACUGGGUCUAUACUGAAGGAAAUGAGUAGAUCUGAUCUCAAUCAGCACAUCCGUCAAGAAUCGAACAUGCAGCUUCAAAAUUCGGUGCAACCACAAAAGCUUCAUGUAACACCUCAAACAGACUUUGUUAGUUUAGUUAACCAACAAAGCUAUUCCGGCAGCAAUCCUUUUACUCCGAUGUAUUCUUCACAAAUAAAGCAGAAUGAACAACCAUCUAGCCAAUACCAGGAAAACGCUCAACAAAAUAAUGUAGGCCACUUUAGUAGACACAUGGAGCUGGGUACAAGUAGUUCCAUAGGAAAUAGCAACUUAACUCAAGGCAGCAGAAUGGAACAAAAUGAAAUCCCGGCACAGUAUAACAGGAACAAUCCGAACAAAACUAAUUAUGUUUCGAGCACGAAUUCAGACCAACUUGAUGGCAACGUGUAUCCCAUUCCUGGCCUUGAAUCGAACACAAUGCCAAAUAACUUUCAAACUAUUUUAAAUGAACAACAUUUACAGCAAACUUCACUGCAAACGUCUACGCAAGCAUUGCCCAACAAAAAUUCUCAUCCUACACGUGCACCAUCUCAACAAAGGGAGGUGUUCGGAUCAAUAAGGAAACAGACUAAACCACAUCCUUUCAAUGAAAUGAAUCAACAAUUAUCUAUCGAUUACUUUGAUCAUUAUAAAAGACCUCCAAGCCGAGACUCGUCAAUAGAUCGAUAUGCCAGAACAACUAGUCGUGUUAGUGAAAGCGCAGGGUACACUUCACGACAAUCUUCGGUGGAUAAAACUUUGCCAUUGCAAACACGAGAUGUAACAUCACCCAACAAAGAAAUGAGAACUCGUGAAGGUUCAAACUUAAGGGAGAGUUUACCACGUUCCGCUGCAAUGAAACCAGCAUUUAAUGUAUCAAAUCAAUCGAUCAGUGGGAUGGAAAAAACGUUACCAAUCAAUAAACCUUUCGAAGAUGUUCUUUUGUAUCAGCGGUCACUAGGCCAGGAUAUUAUUCCUUCGCCAAUGACUCCGAAACGGACAGAAAGCUUAUAUACCCCUCCCAAAGGGAAUUUUCCAAAAGAUGCUGCAAUGAGCGCUUAUAACUAUGCAGGAAGCAAACCGCUUAAGCUAUAUUUGGGUUGCACACAAGAGCUACAUGCAUGUGCAAGAGCUAAAUGUGAAUGUGUUACUACUGGCCCUUAG